AAUGGACUACUUUUUGUGCCUCUGAUUGAGCUGUAUAAAAAUAACUAAAUAAAAAUCUUCUUUUUUGAGCAGCAUACAUUAAAAAUGUAACAAAAAUUCAUCCUUUAAUUUGAGGACAUAUAUUCUGUGGUGAGAAAAAUACGACAUUAAGAAGUUUGGCUCAGGCGUGCCGUGGUGGCGUAGGGGAUACACGACCCAUGUUUGGAGGCCUUGAGUCCUCGACGCGGCCGUCGCUGGUUUGACUCCCGGACCUGACAAUAUUUACCGCACGUCUGCCCCCUUUCCUGUCAGCCUACUUUCAAAUAAGGGACACUAGAGCCCACAAAAAACUCCCUGGAGGGGUUAAAAAAAAAUUUUGCUCAGCUGUUGCUUCCCAUAACAAACCCUUUAAAAUAAAUCAAACAUUUUCUUAUUCUUUUACGUUUUAAAAUUGAUCAGAGUAUUUAGGUAUUUUUAAGUAGCAUUUCAUGACUUUCUGCUUCACUCUAGUUUAAAACUCUGGCUCAAUAUGCUUUUACUCAUUAGUCCCUAUGUUUGAAUUACAAAUAAUACCAAUAGUGAGAAUUAUGACCUGUGAUAGUUUAGCAGAAAAAAACAUUCAAAAUGAAUCUGUCUGUGGACUUACAGUUUUAAUACUGGUCACAUCUCUACUGUGACCAGUAGAGAUGCUCACAGUAUGAUAAUUGUGAGUAAAUAUUUCCACAGUUUGAUACUGUAAAUGUAAUCUUGAUGUUUUUAAAUGCAACAAUUAUUACCUUGUUGAUUUACUUGUGCAACAUAACCUUGUUUUUAAGAGGUUAUAUAAGUAAUAAUGGCAUGGUAUUAUUACUACUACUAUGUAACAGAAAUAUAAAUAAUGUUAUCCAAACUAUGCAUUUAUUGUUAGUAUCAUUUUGGUGCUAAACAAAAUUUAGCACCGCUCAAUGCUAGAUGCUCAUCUGCUGCUCAGGCAGGAGCAGAUAUUAGCUCGUUUAAAUACCAAGAUAAAGCUCAGAGGGCUUAGAGAGCAAACAACCUGCUUUUCAUUGUGGUAUCAGGAGGAGCGACAAGCGGCAGCACCAUGACGAUCGUCCACUACUGUCUAUUAUUGCUGCUUUUUGUGUUCCUGCUGCCAACUUACAGCGAGGCUUUGAAGUGCUACACCUGCAUGGGCUCUAAUAACGAUGACUGCAACCGUCAAGGCUCCAAAUCCUGUCCCAGCUACUCUGAUGCCUGCGCGGUGGUGGUGGGCCAUGACAGCGGCGUGAUGAAGUCGUGUUCCUACAAGUCCUUCUGCAGUCAGGCCAGCAGCCAGGGAUACAGAGCGCCAGGGGUCAGAGUUCACUGCUGCUACAGUGAUGACUGCAACAUUAAAAGCUUCGCCUCUCCGCUGCCAGGAUUCAACUUUUGGCUGUUGUCUCUUCUGCUACUUUUGCACUGACUUUUUUCACAGGACACACAGACAACCAGAUCAUGCCAACAAGAAUCCAUUCAGCAUUCAAAUGCCAACAAAAUGCCAAAAAGACUGCCUGUUUUCACACUUGAUGUCAUCCUACUGACCACUACUCCACUUAACUUUGGUUAAUGUAUUUAUUGGAGUGUGAGACAUUAAGAAAAUGCUGCAUACUGAGCAGUGAAGUAAUGCUUAUGAACCGUAUAAAUAAAUCAGUCAACUAGCUGCAUCUUUGAUGGCAGAUAGGCAUGGACCAGUUUGCUAAUCUGGAGUAAAAGUACCACGUUGUCAUGGUAUUUGCACAUUUUCUUUCAACAUUUGAAAGAAAAUCAAUCUAAUUGUGCUUAGUUAAAGUGAAAAGCAACAACUAUUUGGUGCUGCUUCAAAAUAUGGAUUUUUAGUUAUAUUAGUAUUGUAUAUAAAAAAAAAAAUCUAUUCACUGUUAUUGUGAUUUCAAAGCAUUGACUUAACCCUGAACUAUACAGCCAGAUGUGUGGCUAACUCCCAAUACAAGUUCACAAAUUUUGCAUGAAAAUUAAAACAAUAGAUUAGCUUCAAAGAUUGUAACUCCUGUCAACAUCAGUUGUUAAAAAGCUAUAAUUUUAUAACUGUAAAAGGUCCUUCAUAAACAAGGGACACAUUCCAGGGAUGUCUUCAUCCAACUUAUAAAGAACCCAGAUUUAAGGUUUCUACUUGGUCCAAUAAAAUAAAAUAAAAUAAAAUAAAACAAAAUAACAAAGCUCACAUUCUUGCUUGCUUGAACUUGCUAAAAUAUUUAGAUAUUUGGAAAAAAAAAGAAAAAAAAAAAAAAAACAUU